AUGGAAGCAAUUCUUGUCCAGAAAGCCAAUGCGGCCCCCAAUGCUACUGCUGUUGUGGAUGGUGACCGCAGCGUUAGCUACCGCGAACUAAUCGCAAGGGCUGAUGUGCUUGCUGAUCUACUAGACCAGCAGUCUCUCGAGCCUGAAAACCCUGUCUGCAUUCUGGCCGACGCUGGACUCCCCCAAAUCCUGGCUCAGGUUGCGGUCCUUCGUGCAGGAGGGAGCUGUGUCCCUAUUGAUCCGGCUGUGCCCGCGGAUCGCCUCAAGGGCAUGCUGGAAGACUUGGACACCACGCAUCUCAUCGCGGACAAGGAUCACGCUCAUCGUGCAGCGCAUCUAAGUGCUAUCCACGUUGAAAUGGCACUCGAAGCGCAUAUCACUUUGGAUACGGACGCUGAGAUUGCCUUGCGCGCAGGCCGUUCAGAUUCUCAUCGCAGCCAUAUCGUGUUUACCUCUGGCUCGACCGGCCGACCCAAGCCCAUCCAAGUUCUCAGCAGCAGUAUCCUCCAUGCUAUCAAGAACUUCCCCACCGGCUCGCUGCAUCCCUCAGACCGGAUGACAGCCCUCAUCACCCCGGGAUUCGAUCUGUCCAUCUGCGAGAUGUGGGAAGCACUGCUCGCCGGCGCGACUAUCGUUCGAGUCCCUGAUCUUGUGCGUGCGGAUCCACUUGCCUUGCAGAGUUUCGUGCACGAGCACAAGAUCACGGUUAUGAUUGUGCCAACAGCCCUGUUUCAUGUUAUCGCGCUCACGGCACCCGCCACCUUUGGCGGACUGCGACAUGUCAUUGUCGGGGGUGAGGCGGUCAGCUCCAAUGCUAUGCGCAAGGUGCUUGAAACCUCACCUCCAAAGAAUCUAUGGAAUGGUUACGGUCCCGCAGAGGCGACCAUUUAUGUAACGAUGAUCCGCGUGGAUGAAGACGAGGUUCAGCGCCCUCGCAUUGGUAUUGGGCGAUCUGUCGGAGACACGAGGAUCUAUCUCCUAGAUGACAAUCUAAAGCCCAUUGUCGAGCCAGGGCAUACUGGGGAGAUCUGUAUUGCAGGACCCCAGGUGUCGCCAGGGUAUUUGAACAGACCUGAAGAGAACGAGAAGAGUUUUAUCCAUAUAGACGCACCCACAUUGGGUGUCUCUUCUGAUCAGCCGGUCCGGCUUUAUCGAACCGGCGAUCUCGCCCAGUGGAGAGACAACAGUGGGCUCCUCGAUUACAUCGGCCGAGCUGAUGACCAGGUCAAGAUAUCGGGGUAUCGAGUAGAGCUGGGGGACAUUGCAUGCUGCAUUGAGAAACACCCGCAGGUCCACUCGUGCGUGGUCAACUACGUUCAGAAAGGCGACGUGGACUGUCUCGAAGCCUACGUCAUUCCGGCCGACUGGGAUAGUCAUUUCCCAUCCGACGAGCUGAUCGAUUGGGUGAAACAGAGGUUGCCAUCCUACAUGGUGCCACGCAUGGUGUACAAGAAGCGUAGCUUCCCCUUAUCCGCGAAUGGAAAGGUUGACAGGAGGGCACUUCAGCCAGACAAGGAUGAGCAGCCAUGCGACGGAGAAGAAGGACGCCAUCCGCAAAAAGAUACAACCGAGGACACAGUGAUGGUCAAUGGCGGUAAUGGGAUGGAGGACCUGGUCGACUGGCUUGCAUCUACACUUCAGGAAUACCUCCCUGAAUCGGAGAUUACUCCCACCGACAACAUCUUCUCCCAUGGAUUGAGCUCCCUCCAUGCCGCUCGACUCAUCGGACGGAUCAGGCAGGACCGCGGAAAGAGCAUCACCCUGGCCCAGCUCCAUCAAAACCCAACGAUCGAUGGUCUUGCCAAGUUUUUGUCCAGCUCGGACGACAAGACUACUGACCUACCCAGCUUGGAGCGAUGCGUCCGGGAUUCCAAGCACGUAGAUACUGAUCUCCUGCCCCCGGACUGGCAGGCAGAGAACGAAGGUCGCGUGUUCCUCACCGGUGCCACAGGCUUCCUCGGUGCGCAUAUCCUCCAUCAGCUCUUAGCAAUACCAUCAGUCCAGAAAGUGGCCUGCCUUGCACGAGGCCGGGGUAACCUCAGUGCCAGCGCUCGUAUCCAGCAGACGCUGGAAAAAUUUGACCUCUGGGAUGGCCGGCUGGAAACUACCCGGAAGAUCGUGGUCCUAGAGGGUGAUUUGGGGGAUACCACCCUAGGGCUGGGGGAAGACCAGUUCAAGUGGCUUAUCGACUGGGCAAGCGUCAUCUUCCACGUCGGUGCCCGGGUCAACUGGUGCGAGCCGUACGAGGCGCACUAUGUGCCUAAUGUUGUGGGAACACGAAACAUCAUUCGUGCUGCGAUGUUGGGCCGUCGCAAGGCCCUGCACUAUGUCUCCUCGAUCGACGUCUGGACUGUCACUGGAUUCAUUAACAAGGUUGACCGCGUCUAUGAGGACGAGCCACUAAUGCCACACGUGAAUGCUGUCCCGUACGAUACAGGAUACUCGGCCAGUCAAUUCGUUGCCGAGGAAAUCGUGCAACGAGCGCGAGCCUGUGGUCUACCGACUGCAAUCUACCGGCCUGGUUUUAUCAUUGGCCACAGCGAAAAGGGUAUUGCAAAUGAGAAUGACUUUUUCUCCCGGCUGAUCAUGGGCAGCAUCCAGAGUGGCUAUUUCCCCCAUCUCCCCACCCAGCGCCUGGAGUAUGUGACAGUGGACUAUGUUACCGCGGCUAUUCUACACAUUGCGUCCAGCUGGGAGAAUCUUGGUCGAGCAUACCACAUUGUGCCGCCGGACAGGUCCGUGUCAGUUGACUACGACCAAAAGUACAGAAUGCUGCGCGAAAUCGGAUAUCCUGUGCAGAUGAUCGACUACAAAGAAUGGGUGGGGUAUAUCCGUGACUCGCCCGAGAAUGCACUGGAAUCGAUGAUGCCGUUGCUGGAUGAGGCUGUUUAUGAAGACCUCAGCAGGCUGCAGACGAGCAGAAACACUCCUGUCUACGAUCCAACGAACACGGCACGCGCGUUACAAGACCGACCAGAUAUCAAGUAUGUCGCUCUCGAUGCGAAUUUGCUGCAGAAGUUCAUUCACAAUUGGGUGAAGCGAGGACAAUAUCGUCUCGACCUUCCUUGUAAAGGCUGUUCUGAUGGCGAACCGAUGUGA